UUUGCCCUCUCUCACUUCAAUUUCUGUAUCAUACCAAAUUCUUAAAAAAACCUAAAUGAAUUUAAUUGGCGCUCGGCGUUCCCCGUCCCCUUACCCGUUGGCCGGUUCGCCCUAAAGCUUCGGCUUCGUGACACGAACACUCGCGAUAGAGUAGCUAGAGCUAGCUGGGAAGACAACGACGGGAUCGCGGCGCACAGAAACCGCUGAAAACUCCCAUCUUUCUCCUCCGUCCGCGUCGCUUCCAAAUCGAGUCAAAUCCGGCUGUAAGUGAGUUAUCAGACAGCCUCUUAGAGAUUUCUGCCAACAUCUGUCGUUGCCAAAUCGCUAUCAGUCGUCUAUUGUCGUUGCCCGCCACGUUUGCCUGUUUAUCAGCAUUCCGACCAACUACCGUUGGUCGGCGACGCUUUAAUGGCUCGCGAAUCCAUCUACCCGCCUACGAAGCUCUCCCCUCGACUUUCCUCCAUCGUUCUUCUCCUAACCCUAGCCGUUCUCCUCCUCUUCUCAUCAUCCUCCCUUCUAUCCUCUCCCUUCUCCCUUAAGGUCUCGCCUCCACUCCGCCGACACACCAAUACUCUUUGCAGUAUCCGCGCAGCUGAUCUCACCCGCGGUUUCUGGUCUUACGAUCCCCAAGGCAAAAAUCACACCAGAUCACUGUACGACGCUUCCUGUAAAUUUCAUCGCAACGCGUGGAAUUGUUUUCGCAAUGCGAGGGAGAACAUGGAUGCGAUCAACUCUUGGGUAUGGAUUCCUGAAGGUUAUGGUGGGUCGCCGCUGCCGCGGAUCGACCCUGCCGCCUUUCUUCAUGCAAUGAAGGGGCGGCGCAUUGGGUUCGUUGGAGAUUCACUAAAUGAGAAUUUUAUCGUGGCGUUCCUUUGUGUGCUGAGUUCGGCUGACCCAGGUGCGCGGAAGUGGAAGAGGAAAGGGGCGUGGAGGGGUGGCUACUUCCCCAAGUUUGAUUUCACUCUGGCUUACCACCGGGCUGUGCUGCUUGCUAAGUACAUGUGGCAGCCUGUGGAGCAGUUGGAUCUUCCGAGCAGAGAUAGUUUGAAGGGAUUUUACAAGGUGGACGUCGAUAUUCCAGCUGAUGAUUGGGCGAAUAUAACCCAGUUCUAUGAUGUCUUAAUAUUCAAUACCGGACACUG